GAUCAAAGAAAACAUUCUAACUCUAAAUCGUAACUGAUACCUGUCUCUGUCAUGGAGAGUUCAUCAUCAAAAGCUGAAGUAAUAAAGCCAGUGCUUCUUAAAGCUGGCAUCCCUUUGGCACUCUCUGUGGCUGGUUUUAUCUAUGCCAGGAUCAUAGCCAAAAGAAGAAUACAUCCUGAAGCUUCUUCAUUUGAAACCCAGGUAAGUCCCGUUGAAACUGAUUCUCAGGAGGAGUUUAGAGGUGAAGGUAGCCUGAAUUCCACAUCUUCCACUUCUAGAGAAGAUGAAGAGAAGCUUGUUGCAAGUACUCAUUUUACGAAUCUGAUUAGAAGUGCAGAAAUUCAGGAAAUAACUGCUUAUGAAGAAGAGAUUUUAGGCCUAAGAAUGCGAGUUGAAGAACUUCAGAAAAGAGAAUGGGAAUUAGAGAGGCAGUUUCUUCGUUUUUGUGAUCUUAAAGAACAAGAAUCUGUGCUUAUGGAGCUUAAGAACAUGUUGUUGUUAGAGACUUUCUAUGUUGAGUUCUUGGAUAGAGAAAUUUCAUCCAUGGAGGCUGAGAACAAAAGGGUCAAAAAUAUAGUUACGGAAUAUUUAAGAGUUGUUGAGCAGCUUGGGCAUUGGAAAACACAGAAUGGAUUGCUUCAGAGAAAAGCAAAGAGGCUUUUGAGAAAAACAAAAGGCCAAGCCAAAAUUAUAAGGGAAAAAGAUUUGAAGAUUGAAGCUAAAGAUGCAGAGGUUAAAAGAAAUGGUGAAAUACAAGAAGGAAGAUCCAAUGAUAUUAAGAAACUAGAGGAUGAAGUUAGGGAGCUGAAAUCUCUCACUGAGCAAUUGCAGGAACAGAAAAAUGAGCUUUCAAGAAAGUUGGACUUGGCAGAGAAUUCACAUUCAUCAAUCUCAAAGAGUGAGGAAGAGGCGGUAACAAUAGAGGAAUACAACCAACUUGAAAAUGAAUAUGAACAAGUCCAAAAGGACAGAGCUGCUGAGCUUAAGGAGCUUAUUUACUUAAGAUGGUGCAACGCAUGCUUGAGGUACGAGCUGAAGAGAUAUCAACUGCUGCAAGACUAUAUCCAGGAGAAUAAAGAUCAUCUGGAACAAGAAAAUGAAGAGGGUGGAGAAAUUGUAGGUUUUAGAAUAGAACAACAAUUAAAUGGUCCAGCAUUGAUGGAGAAAGGUGAGCCCUGCUUAGGUGAUACAACCGGUGGUCAAGUUUGCUCCAAAAGGCAGAAGUUGCUUAAAAAAUUCAAGAAAUGGGUGGAAGGAAGUGAGAAAAUUAAGUCAAAGUUGGAUGAAAAAGAAAAGCAUGAGAGCAAGUGCUUUGGGAGGCAUCCUGUUUCUGAUGAAGGGGAACAUCUUGUUCCUGCAAGGAGAUCAUGCUCUAGUGUAUAAAAUUCUCCCCCAAGCCCCCUCCCUUUUCUUUAUCCAUUUCAUAUUUUCAUGUCAAUUAGAAACCCUGCAGUAAGAAGAAAAAAACUGCAGCUGGUAAAUUAUGUAGAA